AGCGCCUCCACCAGGACGUUCGAUAAGCGACGGCGCAGCGCGGUGCAACGCAGCUCCGACUCCCCUUUCCCCGUUGCUGGGCGAGAGGUGUCUAUGGGGCACCCGCUACCGCCGCCGCUACCGCCAUCGCCGCCGGGUGCUGUCUCUAUGGCGAGAAGGAAGAGGAGGAGCGCAAGCUCAGCGAUACAAGUACACAAAUAAAGGAUAAGUUAUUUUAUGAAACAAAUCUCCAAUCAAGUAUAACAUUUUGAUGCGUGGCAUCUAGACUCCUUGUGCCCUCACUAUGCCAGCAGCAACUGUAGAUCAUAGCCAAAGAAUUUGUGAAGUUUGGGCUUGCAACCUGGAUGAAGAGAUGAAGAAAAUUCGUCAAGUUAUCCGAAAAUAUAAUUACGUUGCUAUGGACACCGAGUUUCCAGGUGUGGUUGCAAGACCCAUUGGAGAAUUCAGGAGCAACGCUGACUAUCAGUACCAACUCUUGCGGUGUAAUGUAGACUUGUUAAAGAUAAUUCAGCUAGGACUGACAUUUAUGAAUGAACAAGGAGAAUACCCUCCAGGAACUUCAACGUGGCAGUUUAAUUUUAAAUUUAAUUUGACGGAGGACAUGUAUGCCCAGGACUCUAUAGAGCUACUAACAACAUCUGGUAUCCAGUUUAAAAAACAUGAAGAGGAAGGAAUUGAGACUCAGUACUUUGCAGAACUUCUUAUGACAUCUGGAGUAGUCCUCUGUGAAGGGGUCAAAUGGUUAUCAUUUCAUAGUGGUUAUGACUUUGGCUAUUUAAUCAAAAUCCUGACCAACUCCAAUUUGCCUGAAGAAGAACUUGACUUCUUUGAGAUCCUUCGGUUGUUUUUUCCUGUCAUUUAUGAUGUGAAGUACCUCAUGAAGAGCUGCAAAAAUCUCAAAGGUGGUUUACAGGAAGUUGCUGAGCAGUUAGAGCUGGAACGGAUAGGACCACAACAUCAGGCAGGAUCUGAUUCAUUGCUUACAGGAAUGGCCUUUUUCAAAAUGAGAGAAAUGUUCUUUGAAGAUCAUAUUGAUGAUGCCAAAUAUUGUGGUCAUUUGUAUGGCCUUGGUUCUGGUUCAUCUUAUGUACAGAAUGGCACAGGGAAUGCAUAUGAAGAGGAAGCCAACAAGCAGUCAUGACAUGAAAUAGCCCUUUUAUUUUUAUUUUAUUUGAGCUUCACACAUGCUUGUAUAUAGGUUUUAUCUCUGGUUGGAUCCCUUGAACAAUAGACAAUACCUUUUUUUUUUCCUUUCAUAGCCCAUUUUUUCUGCUUUUCAAUACUAAAUAUGAUCGUUCCUAUCUCAGAUCUUAAUAAAUAGAAAAGCAUUCAUAUUAAAUUUGGCCUUAACUUAAUACACUUGUUAGCAAGCGUGUGUGAAAGAGAGUGGGGAAAGCUACAUCAUAUUGAAUAUUUUGAUAAACUUCACCUACUUGGGGUUGGUUUGUUUUUCCCCUUUCCUAAAUUAACUAGCACUGACUGUAAUUUAUUUCCCUGUUUCAUGUCUCUCCCUUCCAUUCUGCAGGAGUUUUAGCUAUUUGAGAUUGUGGACCAUCAAUUUUGCACUUUAGAGCGUGACUCUGACCCAAAUCCUCUGUUUUAUCAGAAAUUUCGGUUUUUCUUGCUUUUAGCUGGAAAAAUGACCAUCUGCCAACUUUAUACAGUAUUUAAUUGUUUUUGAUCCACAGAAUAUGGCACAUACAUUGUGCACCCGGUUGAUUCAGCAAGACUAACAUUAAAACAAAACAAAACAAAAGAAACUACUGAGGAGCUUAGUAACUGCUGUUUCUGUUCGUAGUGUUUAAUCUUCUAAGCACAUCUAGUGUCUGUCAGUUUCUAAUUGACAUUUGUAGGCUGCUCUGUGACUGAAGAACUUUUCAAACCAGCUUUACACCCUUCAGGAAAAAAUCCCUUGUGAUUAGAUUUUGAGUAUCUGCCAGGAAACUGGUAUCCAAGAUGUUGAAGCUGCAGUUUUUUAUGGUAGCACACUUCCUUUGAUCUGCUGCUUUUUUUUCCAUCACUGUUUACUGUUAUUUUUUAAAAAUUUUAUAGCCAUACUUAUGAUGCUCUUAAUUUGUUGAUUCCACAAAUCAGUUUCAUUAAAGUCCAAAGAUAGCAAAUUUUUAGGUGUACUUUGCAUCAAAUUAGAUUAGAAAACAAAAAUUGUGCUUUCAUCAUUGGUACAAAGGUAAUGGAUAAGAUUUGGUGCAGAACAGCAAAAUACUAGUAUAUCUGAUAAAAUUACCUGAGGAGUGUAAUGCUUGUUUUAUUUUUUGUGUAUAUCUUUGCAAUCUAUUUUAUAUAUAUUGACAAAAGAGACUGUGAAAUAUUUAGCCAUGGAGAAUAUGUGACCAGACCAGAGCAUGUGUGGGAAGACUUUUUGGUGUUCAUUAGCUCUACCCUGAAAUGAUGGACUACAGUUAUGAUGUGUGUUAUCUACACUUCAAUCAGUAACAUAAGCAGAUCUCCAAAUGUUAGCCACAUUGGUUUGUUUCCCCUGUACAUUCUUUAUUCAUGAUAUUACAAUGCUGUAACUGGGUGGUCCUUUUUAAACAAAACAUUAUUUACAAAACAGAGGGUAUUAUUUGUUUUUAAAGCUUUUGUAAAUAAAGGCUUCAGAAAUGUUUUCUUAUA